AUGACUCCAUUUCUUUUACUCUUUGCUCUUCCCAUAAUCCUCAUCCUCUACUUCCAAACACAAAACCCUAAACAUGCCAAAGAAGAGCUCCCUCCGCCGGGCCCACCGCAGCUGCCGUUCAUCGGCAACCUGCACCACUUCGACGGCCGGUCUCCGCACACGUACCUCCACCGCCUCUCGAAGCAGUACGACGCCGUCACGUCCCUCAAGCUCGGAUUCCGGCGCCUCGUCGUGAUCUCCUCCGCAGAAGCAGUGAAAGAGAUCAUGAAAUCCCACGACGCCGUUUUCUCGAGCAGGCCGGCUCUCGUCACCUUCAAGAAGCUGCCGUAUAAGGGCCAUGGCAUCGGGUUUUCUCCCUACAACGACGCGUGGAGGGAGCUGAGGAAGAUCUCCGCCAUCCAUCUCUUUAGCGCGAAGCAAGUUCAAUCCUUCCGCCCCAUUUUCAGAGACGAAUUGUCGAAGAUGAUGGAGAAGAUUGCUCGAGACGCCGCCUCGUCCGCCGCCACCGAUUUGAGUGAGACGAUGAUGUCGUUUGCUACUAACGCCAUCUCCAGAGCUGCAUUCGGGAGGAGAUUUGGAGACCAAGGCUAUGAGAAAACGCGAUUCUUCGACCUUUUUCAUGGCGAGAAGCCUCUUCUUGGAGGAUUCUUCGUGGAGGAUUACUUGCCUUGGCUUCGAUGGAUCGACAGCCUCUCUGGAAUGGCUGCGAAGCUAGACAAGAACAUUUCUUCCUUGCAUUCUUUCUGUGAUGAAUUGAUUGAAGAGCACAUGAAUCCGAAUAGGCCGGAAUCCAUGGAAGGAGACGUUAUUGAUAUCUUGCUAAGGAUCAAAAGAGAUGGAUCAUCGUUUCAUCUCACACUCGACCACAUCAAAGGACUACUUGUGGUAAUGCUUUCAUAUAAAUUUCACAUAUCAAGUUAA